AUGGCCAGCGCCACGGGCAUACCAGAUCAUCCGCCUCCACCAGAGGAUGCCAUUGUCAGCAGUGUCGACGACACGGAAGCCCUGGACGAGACGGAGCCUCUCCUCGGCCGACCGGGUGAUGUCUCACAGGGAGAGGGACAAUCAUAUCUAUACAAUCUCAUCCAAGGAACCGGUGUCCUAGCUCAGUUUGGCAUAUGGCUGCUCCUCAUCCUGAUAUGGGCCAGCGUCCUGACAAAGGACCUGAUCCUCUUCUCGGGCCACCCCCUCGCCCAGUCCGUGGGUAUCCUGCUGCUCGUGCAGUCGGCCCUGGUCUUGCAGCCGACGCACACGGUCGACCAGAAGCGCGUCGGCCAGCGUAUCCACGCGGGUCUCAACCUCGCCGCCCUGGUGGCGCUGACGACGGGCGUCGUCGUCAUUGAGUACAACAAGUUCGCCAACAACGGCCUCCACUUCCACUCCGUCCACGGGUACCUCGGCGUCGCAACGUCGGCCGUACUCGCCGCCCAGUACACCCUCGGCUUCACCAUGUGGGCUGCCCCCUCGCUGUACGGCGGCAUCGACAGGGCCAGGUCCCUGUACAGGUACCACCGGUGGGCUGGGUACCUGGUCCUCGUGCUGCUGCUGGCCACCGUCGCCGCCGCCGUAGACACCCCCUACAACGAGAACGUGCUGAAGCUGAGGCUGUGGGCUGUCCUGCUCCUCUCCGCUCUCGUCCUCGUCGGCGUGAUCCCCCGCGUCAGGAAGCACAAGCUUGGCUUUACCGGUAAGAAGCCGACUGUCAUCUGA